AUGCCUCCUCUCGUGCGCCGCGCACCGCUCUCGGAACGCAUCAAAGCCUACUUCGACCUGUCCGACUGGCUCAUCUGGAUCUCGGAGGAACUCAACAGCUCUGACUGGGAGGACUUUGCAUCCGCAUAUGCGCUUUACAUCGGCUUCGGCGCAAACCUCCUCUUCGUACUCGCCCAGGCCAACAGCGGCGCAUCCACGGCUUCGGACGACGAUGGCGUCUUCAACGAGGUGCAGGGUCCCGGAUGGAUAAAGUGGAUCAUGGGAUUGCUGGUGUUGGUCCUCGGUGCAUCCAGCUUUGGCAACGCGUUCAUGGUCUGGGGUAAGAGGAGGUACUACCGUCUCUUCGAGCAGAGUGUGGAUGUUGCGCCACAGACACCCAGUGCGAAGCGCGUCCGAGUCGACUCAUCGCCUGCCGCAGCGAGUCCGAUGCAGUUUGUGAGAGGCUUGGUGCAGAACAACGCGGCGAGCAGAGCGCAUCCGGUCGAGGGCAGGGACGUCUGGGAAGUUGCCGUUUGGGACCCAAACCCGCUAUGCCUGGAGCUGUUCUGCUUGUUCAGCCCGUUGCAUGUGGUGCUCUACUACUUCAACCUCCCAGUUGCCCCCCUCGAUCCCAGACCGAGCGUCAGGGUGACCACGACAAUCUUCAUCGGAGCCGCGCUCUCGCUUCAUCUUUGGUGGCUUAGGAGCUCCUUUAUGCAGCAGGCCAAGGACAACUCUCUCAUCAGUCGCCAGGUGCUCCACGAGUACGAUAGCAAAUUUGUCCACCCCUCACUACAGAAGCCAUGCCGCGACGUCGGAAUUCAGACCAUCUCGACAAACCGGACCCGAGACUCGAGCGUCGGUGUCAAGGGCAGCAGCCACGGUCUUGCGAGCUCAAUCGUUACAUACACACCAACCACUAUCGUGAACCGUAAAACCUUCCGCACGAAUCCGAACGUCAGCUACGCCUCACAGUACGACCCUGAUAACAUGGAAUCGCCAUCCGUCACACGCUCGUCGCGACGACGAUCCUCAGUCCACCAAGAUCGUGGCACCUCAAAAUACACAACCACCUCCACAGCUACCGACGCCGACUUCUCCUCUCCGAUUCGACCCUCGCAAACGCCCAAUCCCUUCCGUCAAGCACCCACCAUCCCCCGGACCAACACCAAGCCUACCGACGGCGGAUACCUGGGGGUCAACACUCAUGCCGCGUCUCCUUUACGAAAGUCCGCCAGCGCAAACUUCUCAAGAGAUGGCGAGAGGAGUGCAAGCCGCGGCAGGGAUAGCCUCGGUGGCGCUUUCGAGCGCAGGGCUAGUCCAAGCAAGCGGGACGUCAGCCCUCUGAAGAGGAUCAGUCUCGGCAAUUUGGGCGCUGCGAGGGAGAGUGGUGAGAAGACACUGGGUCAGUCGGCGAGCUUGGGUAGAAGCAACCCGUAUGGAAGCCUUGGUGUUGGACGAAGGGAAAGCGGAAGGUACUAA